GGACAAACAGUUUCCUUGCUCUUUGCUGUCCAACCAAAAAAAAAAAAAACGUUUUUCUUCCCUUCUUUCCUUUUCAAGAAUUUCCCCUGGAAAAAAAAGCCGCCUCCUUCCCUUCUCUCUCGAGUAGGGCUUUUCUACUGAUCCUUCUUAAACCCUCGGCCUCGCUUCAAUCUCGUCGUCAAUCGGCGUCAGAUAUGAAUCAGCAAGGUUUUGAUUACGAUAUGCUUUGCAAAGAAGCGCGGUAUCGUUGGCUGAAGCCUGCGGAGAUCCACUUCGUUCUGCAGAAUCACGAGAGCUACCCGAUUUCCGCCGAGGCCCCUCACAAGCCACCGAGUGGUUCUGUGUUUCUUUACAACCGCAGGGUUCUUCGCUAUUUCCGGAAAGAUGGUCACAGCUGGCGGAAGAAGAAGGAUGGAAGGAAUGUCGGCGAAGCCCAUGAGCGGCUUAAGGUGUACAUUGACAGACAUAAUUUACAAUGCUGUAAGGAGAACGUUUUGUUGCUAGUUUGACUCGCUGAGCUUGUGAAAAGCAGGCAGUGCAAGGUUACAGGUACAUGAAGAGUUUAAUAUGAGGAAUAUGUUUCAGAAUCAGUAAAG